CACACUUCAUCGCAUGCAUUGAAGCUCACUUCUCUUCUCAGCUUCGUCCUCCUCCGUAUCAAAGUCCUCACUUUUGGUCUUGAUUUCUUGAAGCAUCAAGACCUUUUCAAUGGCUUCCGUCUCUCUUGGAACCCACGUUCCCCUUUCCCGCCGCUACAGGGGGCUCUCGCCUCCUAUCCCCCCCAAUCACCCCCGCCCGUCAGUCUCAAUCCCUUCCCAGUCACUGCUCGCUGAUUCCUCUGUGUGUAGAUUCAGUGCUUCGAGGUCUCUCCGGGGCAGCAUUCUUGCUCGAGCCGAGGAUAAGGCAAAAGGGUCUUCUUCUCCUCCGGUACAGCCUCAGGACAUAGCUCCUCAGCCCAACUCGGAAGAACGGCUCAAGGACCUUACAACAAACGGAGCAUGUGAUCCCCUAUGUUCGCUUGAUGAAGUAAGCUCGGAAGAGUUCGAAGCCACUUACCAACCGAAGACAGAUUUCCUCAAAGCUCUUGCCAUAUUUGCCGCGGCUCUAACAGGAACUGCGGCAAUUAACCACUCAUGGGUUGCUGCAAAUCAGGAUCUUGCAAUGGCAAUUUUGUUUGUAAUUGGAUAUGCAGGAAUAGUUUUUGAAGAAUCUCUUGCUUUCAAUAAAAGCGGUGUAGGUUUGUUGAUGGCUGUGAGCUUGUGGAUAGUUCGCAGUAUUGGGGCUCCUUCAACUGAAAUAGCUGUCUCGGAGCUCACUCAUGCAUCCGCUGAAGUCAGCGAAAUUGUAUUUUUCCUUCUCGGUGCUAUGACCAUCGUGGAGAUAGUAGAUGCUCAUCAAGGAUUUAAACUCGUCACAGACAAUAUAACCACUAGAAAACCCCGGACCCUCUUAUGGGUGGUGGGCUUUGUAACAUUCUUCCUGAGUUCAAUCCUGGAUAACCUGACAUCUACCAUUGUGAUGGUUUCUUUGCUGAGGAAACUCGUUCCACAAUCUGAGUACCGCAAACUUCUCGGAGCAGUUGUCGUCAUAGCAGCAAAUGCUGGUGGGGCAUGGACUCCCAUUGGUGAUGUUACCACUACAAUGCUAUGGAUACAUGGCCAAAUAUCCACAUUGCCCACAAUGAAGGGCUUGUUUAUUCCCUCAGCAGUCUCUUUAGCCGUCCCACUUGCUCUUAUGUCUUUUACAAGUGAAGUUAAUGGUAAGGGACAGGACUCUUCCAAUGUUUUGGCGUCAGAACAGAUGGCUCCUCGAGGGCAGCUCGUCUUUGCUGUGGGUAUUGGAGCUUUGAUAUUUGUUCCAGUAUUCAAGGCCUUGACUGGUCUGCCUCCAUUCAUGGGAAUGUUGCUUGGGCUUGGAGUUCUCUGGAUUCUUACAGAUGCUAUUCAUUAUGGUGAGUCCGAGAGGCAAAGGUUAAAGGUUCCACAGGCAUUAUCUCGUAUAGAUACCCAAGGAGCCCUUUUCUUCCUCGGGAUUCUCUUGUCUGUUAGCAGCCUGGAAGCAGCAGGACUUCUGCGGGAGCUGGCCAACUACCUAGAUUCUCACAUCCCUAACAUCGAACUGGUAGCGGGGGCAAUAGGAGUCGUCUCUGCAAUUAUAGACAAUGUCCCACUAGUUGCCGCAACGAUGGGGAUGUACGACCUCACAUCUUUCCCACAAGACUCAGAAUUCUGGCAGUUGGUAGCUUAUUGUGCUGGCACCGGUGGGUCCAUGCUAGUCAUUGGGUCUGCCGCUGGGGUAGCGUUCAUGGGGAUGGAGAAGGUUGACUUCUUCUGGUACUUGCGAAAGGUGAGUGGUUUCGCAUUUGCUGGCUAUGCAGCUGGAAUUGCUGCAUAUUUAGCAGUCCAAAAUCUCCACAUCAGUAUCCCAACGACUGUGGCCCAAGUCCCUUUCCUCUCAGGUUCAUAAAGAUAGUGCCGAAGCCCGGUAUAUUUUCCAUUGUUGGGCAAAGAAAUCUUUCGCUCCACCUAAGGCUGAAUGGGGAAAAUUCGGAACAGAUGGGUUUUGUGAAAAUCAUAGGAGGAUGAAAUUACAUCAAUAGAUACAGCAGCUUAUGAGUAAGGUCGACAAAAGGACAUCUAGUGAUGAUAGAAUAAAUGAGACAUCUGCAGUUCUUCUCAUAUGGUGGCCCUACCAUUUGAGUGCCAGAAGAUAAUUUCUUCUCUGUUGUACGAUGUAUCUUUCUUGUAAUUGUACCCUGUCGGGACGAUGGUUUUAGCAUGAAAUAAACCAUGUAGCUGCAUAUGCAGGAGAAGAAACAUGCUUUACACCGAUUAUAAAUCUGGACCUGUCCUUCGCUGGAUGUUGAUAUUAUCAUUGUUUGCGUACA